UCCAGCGGUCAGUAAACGUUCAGCAUCGGCACCGAACGGACCAAAAGACGAAAUGGCAAAGUUUGCACUAGUGUUAGCGUUCUUGGCGCUGCUCGGCAGCACCCAGGCCCUGCCCGCGGACGAGGCGGGCCCACGCGUCACGGGCGGUACGGCCACCCUGCUCGGCCAGUACCCGUCGGCGGUCAUCAUCGAGACGCCGUACAUCCCCCAGAACUGCAUGGGUACGGUGGUGAACCGGCAGCACGUGCUGACCGCGGCCAGCUGCGUCAUGAACCCGACCACCUUCGUGAUGAUCAACCCGUUCUGGCUGCGCGUCAUCGCCGGCGACAUUAACAUCGUGCCGGUGUCGACGAGGCGCGAGGUGCGCCAGGUGAUCCGCAGCUACGUCCACCCGAACUACAACCGGCUGACGGACGGGAACAAUCUGGCGGUGCUGCGCGUGGAUGUGCCGUUCCCCGAGUUCCACAACACGAUCGAGCCGGCGCUGCUGAAUGCGCGCAUCCUGGCGGACAACACGCAGUGUGUGUUUGCGGGCUGGGGCGCCACCCAGAACCAGGUGACGGCGGUCGUGCGUCCGAAUCAGUUUGUCGUUACGCAGCCCAUCCUGGCGACGGUUUCGUGCAAUGCGGCGAACGUGCACAACAACCGGGUGCAGCAGACGAUGAUCUGUGCCGGUGCACUUGCCCAGAGCCAGAAUGCGGUGUGUCGCGGUAAUAUGGGCGGUGGGCUGUACUGCAAUGGGCGGCUGACCGGUGUGCUGGCGUUCGGCAUGGGAUGCGGUGUCGCCAAUCAGCCGGGCGUGUACAUGGACGUGCGGCAGUACACUCAGUGGAUCGAGACGCAGUUUACGCGCACGGACAAUCCGCCACCGGGCUGGACUCCGCCGCAGCCAUUGUAAAGCGGGGGGGAUGGGGAUUUGAUGUUCGAAUAAAACUGUUGCUCGUUUGAUCGUUGGAAAA